GUAAGUGGGAUCAAUUCGUUGUUACAGCCCAACUGACCAUCACGAAUUUCUCAGGCAGACACCUUGGGGAUUUCCCAUCUUCCUGAAUACUCGGGAUAAUCGCAACGCAUGGUGCAAGUUCUUCCCAGACAGCGAUUGCAUGGUUUCGUCUACAUCGUUUCUUUGCCCCUUCAUGAUCUGUCAAGUGGUUUCACAGAGAAGCGAGUCCGAUCGAUUCCGCAUGCUAGUUCAAGGCAUCGCUCUUGCGCGCGUAGGACAAUGUUUCAUGCAAAACGGAGAGAAAUUCUUCGUUGUGGCAAUUUAUCUCCGUGAAAAUUUGACUGCCGAAAGAUAUAUCGUUACCCAACCUGGUGCAGAUAGAAAGGUAUUCAUUGUCCAGAAAAGUUUUGACCUUACAAAGGCCAAUGAGGCAGUCGCAUUCCUUCGUGAGAUGUACAACCUCGCGCAGGAGCUCGACGAUUUGGCAGGCAAAAUUGAUCCAAAGAACAAGACACGCCUUGGCGACAUCAAGGUUGCCGCUUUCGAAGUGAUUUCUCUUACGUCACAGGCUCAGCACAACGAAACGCCGAGGACGACAUUGGCCUCCGUCUUCGAAGAAAAUCGUGAAGCCAGUGGCGUUCAGGAUGAUCUCGGCGUCUUUGAUGCCGAUGACAUUCAAGGUAUUUUGAAAAAGAUGGAUUACCAGAUCUUGUUCAUUGUAUUUGGGCAUCCGUUCCUCGCCUUGGUGUCAAAUAUCGAGAAUGAUUCUCAACAAGGAUAUCUCAAAUUCGUGAAAGAGGGGCAAAAGGAGGUCGAGAUCUUGCGAUACCUCACGGGAAUUGAAUCUCCCUCAAACCACACCAUCUCGCCAGUCCAGAUCUGGCCGGUGCAAGGGGGUAACGUCAUAUCAAUGCCUAUGGCUGGCAGCCACCUUACCAGUCUAUCCAACGCCGGCGCGCACCUAUGGCCUGUGGCCGAGCAAUUGUUCGAAGCUGUUGACUUCAUGCAUCAGCAUGGCGUGGCGCACCUAGAUCUGAAGCCUCCAAAUAUCCUCCUCCCCGCCGAUGGCGGCCGCCUGUCUAUCAUCGACUUCAACCGAUCCGCACGCGUCAAAGGCACUGAAACAAUGUUCCACGGCAUCGUUGGUACCAUCGGAUAUCUUGCGCCUGAAGUCGCGGCUGGUCAAGGCCUCUACAGCGCAAUCCGCGCGGACUUGUGGUCCUGUGGAAAGACGUUGGACGAGCUGUGCUCCAUGUGUGGUCCAUCCAGGGAUCGCAACGCGCUACUCGAAAUAGCUCGAGAGCUCAUGAAUGAAGACCCGAGACAGCGACCGAUGAUGUCAGAUGUCUUGAAGAGGAUGGCGUGUUACAAGGUCGAUGCCAAUACAGGACCAGGUUACUUCAGUUUCUCAUCUGUCGCACCACCGGUAUAACGGGAAGGACUGCAAGGGGAACCAAAGCUCUAUGGCGGGAGGCUACGGCUCUCUUUAUGCAAGACUGACUACGACACAAGCGCAGGGCCGACUACGGGCCAGGACUCCUGCUACUGCGCCAGGACCUCUGGCACUCUCGACGAGACCGCCCUGGUACACCGGAAGUGCACGCUUGAGCUCAACCCGCUUAUAUACUACGUUUACCUCAAAGUGAGCACAAGAUAAUUGGGCAGACGACCCGAUGGCCCAAGCGUUUUGUGUAGAAUAUCGAUCAUACCGUAAUAGCAGCCUAAUGUACCUAUACCUUUACUUCGUCAAAUGUUUCUAGCUGAGGUUUCUCAACCUGAGUGUGCUCUACGUC